GUGUGCUGGCCAAUGGUGAUUCCCCGUCAAAACGUACGUGCUGGGAUGUGAUCCCACAGGCGGCAGCUAGCACAGGGGCUAUGCCGUUGACGCUCGAACAGCUGACCACGCAGUUGAGUGCUGUUCUUGCCCCCGUUACAGGAGGAAUGCGUGCCCUGCAGGAUCGGAUCACUAGCUUGGAGAGUGAGGUGACCAGCAAGGUUGGGUCUGCGCUACAGCUCAUCCAAACCGUGGAUCAGCGCCAGAAGGUGAUGGGGGCACAACUCGAAGAGGUGUGUGGUAAGGUGGAGACGCAAGCAGACUCGGGACCAAGAAGCUACCAUCCAAGAAGUGCUGCGCAGACUCGAGGCCUUGGAGCAAGAAGGGUCUGGAGGCGAAUGCCUGCAACUUCCCCGGAGGAUGACCGAGAUCCGGCAGUCAUUGUCGGCGGAUGGGGGCCAGACACGGAGGCCUUUGUACCGGGCAAACAAAGGGGCUUUGCGGUAGUCCCCUUGUCAUGCGUCGGGAACGAGACUCAUCAAAUGAUGAUGCGGCGCGCUGUCGCGGCAGUGGAGGCCACCAGAAAACUCCAGGCCAAGUCCGGACACAAGGACGCUGACGGUAAGGACAUGAUCGUUUGGGCGGCGGUGUCCCAACCACCUGAGGUUCGGAGAAGGGCGAAGUUGGUGGCCAAGACAAAGCGAGCCGUGCUUGAGAGCUACGAGAAGGCGGGAAAAAGCACAGGGAACCAGGAGCUGACGGUCAAGGCGGAUUACCGGAGAGGCACGCUUCAUCUGGAAGGCCGGAAAAUCGGGGGAUGCUCUCUGCAACCGACAGCUGGCGAGAUAUUGGUUUGCGACCACGGGUGGGUGGACGCUGCCUUGGUGUGCCAGCACACAAAGGAGCCAACGCAGGAGUUCGCUGACCGCUGGCACAAACUA